AUGUCGCAACUGCACUCCGAGUUUGAGCCGCAGGCUCAAGAUGCCCAAAGCCCGCGGGAGCGCCCUCUGCCCCAGACUCAAGAGGCCGGUAACCCACCGGAGCGCCCACUGCCGCCGAUUCCAUCCGAGAAGGCCGUUCCACCCAAGGAGGCCGCCUCAUCCAAGAGUGCCGUCCCACCCAAGGAGGCCGUCCCAUCCAAAAACAUCGUCUGGCACGAGUCUCAGGUGCAGAACUCGCGACAUUUCCAGCGCUUCUACCACGACCCGGCGAAAUACGCCGCCAGGAACCUACUCACGCCAGCCGACAUGGCAACCGCUGCCCGUAUCGCACCGUUCUAUUCGGAUCUCCAGGAGAAUGAAUUGCCGUGGCCGAAGGCCUGGGAGACGGAUGCGGCCCCGCUAAAGCGCAAGCUGGCGCACCAUUCCUGGAAGGAGGCGUUGAAGCGGAACGGCAUAGACCCCCCUCCGGCUAGGGACGGCCCCAUCGACAACGGCCCCAGCAACGGCAAAGAUGGUGUCGACAAGGAGGGUGGCGUCAGCGAAGAGGGCCUCUCCAAUAGCGAUGCAGACCAGGCCGACGUUGUCAACCCCAACAACGGCAGCGCCUCCGGCAAAGAGGGCCCUGCUGUCAGCUACGCUGACCAGAACCGCGUCAACUCCAACAACGAGGACCCAUUUGAUUAUUACCUCAAGCACAACGCCUCUCACACCGGCAGCGCCUUCGGCAAAGAGAGCGUUGCUAGCAGCUCCGCUGACCAGAACCGCAUCGUCAAUUCCAUCGACACCCAGAAUCGCAAGCGCCCUGACUUUUCCCUCGGGCCCCAAGGACUCCUGCAUGGGGCUGACUCGGAAAAUGCAGCAGGAGGGUACGGUAGCGGCGGUGCGACGAUUCUGGCCGUGUCUAACCAAGUACCACUUGAACCUAGGCCGAGACGAGUGGAUCGAGAGCCAGCGGUCCUCGGCCUCAGCGAACUCUGCAAAGAAGGCGACCGGGACGCGCAGGUUCGGCGUUUCGACCGGUGGUGGAAGCAGCUGACCCCCGAGCGGCGGAAGGCUAUUUUGGACGAAAGCAAGCAGGGCGGCGGCGAAGUUCAGUGA